AUGAACCUGAACGACCGUGUCUCAAGUCAAAUGAAUAUUAACCGUUAUUUUUAUACAUUGCCGGGCAGUCUCCAGAGCGAAGUACUCUCAAGAGAUCAAUUCCUCGAGCGUUACGCCUCCAAGUGCAUUUCGACAACAAGGAAUUUGAUUGUUAUUUUGACCCUAUCAAAGUGCAAAGUCAUUGCUUGUCCGUAUAAUGAUGAUGAAGAAUCAUGCCUCUGUGUUUGCCAACAAUGUCAUCUCGAACGAUGUCAAUGUUCCUGCUCGAUGGUCUUGCCCAGCUCUUCCCCUGCUCCCUCUGUGAGCCAAGAACAAGACCAGCCGAUGGAGGGUCAAUCCCAAAAAAAAGACCAAACACUUGAAGAUGUCACAGUUCAACCACUGGUAAGAUCAAAGAAGACUUUUCCAAACGAGAACGGAUCUAACUCCUCAGUCAUGGGAUCAAAAAUUCACCUUUAUAUUAGAAGGAAUCCAUUUUCAUCCCUUUAUUCUCAGACGUGA